AUGUCCAAAAACUAUGAAGACACUUGCAGAAUUUGUUUAAAUAACGAUGUAAAUUUAUUAAAGUUUGAAAUCUUUUCAAAAGAAGACGAAAAAAAUUAUGCUGAGAAAAUAAAUAAUGUUACUGGAUUACAUAUAACAGAGUUUGACGGAUUUCCACAUAAAAUAUGUUCUUUAUGCUCAGAAAAUUUAGUCGUUGCCUAUGAUUUUAAGGUCCGUUCCUUACUUAGUGAUGAUAUUAUAAAAAACAAAGUUUUAUUUGAUGAUACCAAGCAUGUUGAAGAAGAUUCAGCUGUGAUAAAUCAAAAGGAAAAUACAAUAUUUAACACUAAGACACCAAAAAGAAGAUCCAGUAGAAAAUCUAAGAAACUGAAAAUUGAGUCUAAGAACCAAAAAGUUCCACAAGAACAUGACUAUGAAUGCUUAAUCUGUAACGAGUAUUUCGACCUGAUAUCAGAAAAGGACAUCCAUGUUAGACGAGAUCAUCAUAAUGAUCCUAAAAUAUGUCCAAUAUGCAAUAUUAAGAAGCAAACUGCCAUUUCCUUCGAGUCACACUUGAGAUAUCAUAAGUUUGGAUAUAGAUUCUUAUGCUCAACUUGUGGAAAGUCGUUUAGAUUUAAAAAUUUACUUGAGAGUCACCUUCGAAUAGAGCAUACUGAUUCAUAUCCGUACGUCUGUGAUUUAUGCAGUUACACCACUAAGUUUAAAAUUAAUCUUCAACGGCACAUAAAAUCAUUUCAUUUAAAGAUUAGAAACUUUGUCUGCUCCUAUGAAGACUGUAAUGCUCAGUACUCGACACAAGUUGGACUAAAUUUACAUCUUUAUCGAGCACAUUUGGUGGAACCGCCAGUAAGGUGCACAGAAUGUCAGCAAGGAUUCACAUUUGAAUCGGAAUUGAGAGUUCACAAGAAGCACUGUCGUGGAUUGAAGAAAAUCAUUCAUUACCAUCACAAGCAUAAAAAUUCAAAUAUUUGUCAAUUCUGCAAAAAACAGAUGGCGAGCAGUACGUCCUUAUUAAAGCACAUAAGAGUUCAACAUGAGAAAAUAAAGAAAUUUGUGUGUGAAAUUUGCAACAAGUCAUUUGGAUUUAAGCAUACGCUAGAUUCGCAUUUGAAUAGCCACAAAGGAUUGAAACCAUUUGCAUGUGACUUUGCUGCUUGUAACUUUAGAACUGGCGAUAGAUCAUGCAUUAGUAAGCAUAAAAAAAAGUGUCAUAAAUUAUGA